GGAUAAUCUCUAUCGAAGAUGUUACCAGAUUUGGAAAUGGAUUGAACUGCUCUCUUUUGAUUGAGUUAAUAAUCAGUGUUACUCAGCACAGUAUUAUCAAUGUCAUCGACCCCGCGAUGGUGAGAAUGUGUGUGGUCCCGCAACUAGUAGGCAAUUUUGCAGAAACGUGCCGUAGUAAAAGGAAAUAAAAAUUUAGAUUUUUUUUUUUUAAAUAUCUUGAAAUUAGUAAAAAGAUAUUAUUUUUAAUGCUUAAUAAAAGAUUUUAUUUUCAAUCAUUCUACGGUGGUCAUUAGAUUACUUAUAAAAAUAACUAAAAUUAUAUAUUUUUUUAAAAAGUAAAAAAAAAUAAUUCUUAUAUUUUAAUGCAGUAAAAAUAAAAAAAUAAAAAAAAUGGUAUAUAAUAGAAAAAGCAAAAAAAAUAGACAUUUUGUAAUUUUUCCUCAGAUCUAUUGAUUAAAAAAAGAAGAAAUGUAUUUAAGGAAAAUAAAAAAACAACCCGCCGUUGCCGGGGAUCGAACCCGGGUCACCCUUGUGACAGGCGGGAAUACUCACCACUAUACCACCACGACUUGAUGACUGCCAGCCAGACGUAACUUCUAAUGUGACUGAGAGAUACGAUCCAACUUAGGCGCCAAAUUUAAAUUCCAUUCAAAUAAUCUAGUGGGAGUCUUCACAACACAACUGCUCAAAAGUCCAUCAGAAAAUGCGAACUCGAUUUCUCAACACAGACUACUACACUUCUCCAAACAAAGAAACCCUAGAAUUCCUCAAUCUCCCAAUCCCUAACCUUCCUCCUUGGCGUCUCCAUAACUUAGAACAACAUCUCUUCAGCUUCGCUCCCUAUCAAAACAUCUCCCUUAACAUCGACAGAUUGCCGAUCGAUACCGCUCUUUCUAAAUUUAUUUUGCAAGCAACACCUCAAAAGCUUGACGUUGUAUACCGAUUCUCCGAGAAAGAUGCUCAGGCUACUGUGGAUAAUAAGCAUACACAUGAAUUUGAAGUCCUUCAAUUUGAAGAACCAGAGCUUGAUGCAUUCUUGGAAAAUGUAUUACUUCCUGAGGAGCACAUGCAAUUUCUCUCACAAGCUCCAGAGACUGAUAUUGAUUUUGAAUUUCUCAGGUCGGGGAUUAAGAUGCAGGGUUCGGACAAGGUUCAAGAUUCACUAUAUUCAGUUGAAGAAGUUACUUUAGAGUAUGACAUGGAUAAACAGGCUUGUAUGUUGGUAGAUGAUGAUUCUGGUCAAGAGCACAUGAACUUCCAUGAAAACUCAUUUCCUUUUUUGGAAGUGGAUGAGAUAACUCUGAGAAAUUUGGCAGACCUGUCUAUGGAAUAUGAACUUUUGUCCUUUCCUGAAAUUAUAAAAUCCCAAUGGACUCAGAAAGAUGAUCUGCUUAGUGAUGGGAUAGAGCAAUUGAGGUCUAUGCAAUAUGAUGUUUUGGAGUUCCUUUCAAACCAUUGUCUACCAGAAUCUGAACCAGCAUUGAUGGACAUAGUUCUGAGAAUGGACAUUAUAAGCAUGGUCGACAAAGAAGAAUCAGCCUGUUUUUCUCUGCCAGUGAGCUCACUUGUUUUUCAGGAAUAUGAAUUCCUUGAAGUGGAUUCAUCUCAAAUUUAUGAAGUCUUCUUUGAGAUGCAAACAGCUGGUCAACCAGAAACAUGUGACUGGAUGUUCAGGGAAGACAAGAACUUCAAGAAUUUCAAUGAAUUGAUUGUUAGUUCUGAGCUAGUUCUGGUGGAUGAGAUAUUUAAAACAAUGCCUACUCCUAUUCUUUUGGAUCAUGAAAAGGUAAAGCCAUUGCAUACCUUCAUUGAGAAAAUACUAUAUGAACUAAAGCCACGGCCCCUUUCUGCAUUUGAUGGGAUUUACUUGGAUUGGCACCUCUUGGAAGAAGAUAAAUGCUACAGUAAGAUAUCUUCCUGCUAUCUGAAUGUGUUGGAGUUGGAUUUACACAACAUUGAAUUUGAUUGGGAAUAUUCUGAUAAGGGUAAGGGCGUGGUAGAUUUUGUUUUAUCUGAUUAUGCUUUGGAUGGCCCAAAAAUGAAAGAACGUGAGGAAUCACUAAAUAUGUUUUCUGAAGGCACUUCUAGUGUUCAACUUAUGGGAGUUGAUUCAAGUAAGUUGAUGGAUGAUAAUUGCAUAAAAUCAGGAAAGAGGGAACAUUUUGCUAAAGAAUAUGCUGAUUAUGCUUUGGAGGGCCCAAAAUUGGACGAACAUGAGAAAUCACUUGAUAUGUUUCAUGAAGGCACUUCUAAUGUUCAACUUAUGGGAGUUGAUUCAAGUAAGUUGUCGGAUGAUAACUGCAUAAAAUCAGGAAAGAGGGAGAAUGCGGAGAAGGUGACAUUGUUAUUUAAAUCUAUGUCACAAUUCAAUGAUCUGGACUUCUUCCUGAAUCCCGGGAAGGUCACUGGUGGGGUAAAAACUGAAUCUGCAAUCAAGGCACCAGGUGCUACUGCUACAUUUCCAAAGGAAGGAGAGUCUCUUUCUAUCCUAGUUGCGGACAAAAUUAUGGAUGACCAGAAAUUGGAGGAAGUGUUCACUUCUCUGCCUACUGAGGAUGAUCAUAGUGUAAGAACUUCAGAAGCUGCAGAUAAUGUAGAAGCUUGCGGUAUGCCUAUGGGAGUUCCUAGUGUUCCCCAUACAAUGAAAUCAGAGCCGACUCAGGGGUGCAUGAUGUCUUCCCCUGAGAUCGUAAUUGUUGUGAAUACUCAAAAUCUUGAUAAGGAAAUGAUAGUAGCCAGAAGAAGUACCUAUCAAAAAAUUCUUGCAAUGGAAAAGGAAGGAUUCCAAGUUGUGGAACGUGAUUUAGAUCUGCCUGUGGAUAUUGUUACUGGUUCUGCCAUUUGCUUUGUGUGGUAUAAUUGCAGAAACAUUAGAAAGAAAGCAACUGCUGCAGAUGAAGCUUCUUCUUGCUUGCCAUUGUGCAUUGAGAAUAUUGCUACAAAUGUUUUAACAUUGCUGAGUUACACUUUCAGCUGCUGCAUUCUGGUCUUUGAGGGAGAUACCAAUUUCCUUUCCACCGUAAUGGAAUCCUCAGAUGGACUGUAUGCUGCAGCUGCAAGCCUGGGAAUUGAUUUACAGCUUUUCUGUACCUAUUCAUCUGAGUUAACUGAUGAAAUUAUAUUAAGCAAUAUUUCUUAUGCCACUAAGUUGUAUAAGGGCGUCUCUCCAAAAAUGCCAGAAUCAGAAACUUUAGCAGAAUCAUUUCUUACCAAAUUUCCUUCAAUUAAUCCAUUGACAGCUCAUGCUAUGCUGUCUUCAGAAGGCACGCUCAUCGAGUUUCUGGAGUGGUCAAAUGAGCGCAGGAUCCUUGCAGUCCACCAGUAUCAUGUUCCUGAAGAAAGCAUUGCUCUAUUUAGUGCUUUGUGCAGCUAUGGUGAACGGGAGGAUCCUAAAUCUAUAAUGACAGACUGCUCCUCUUCUGUAUCUUCUGGUCCCGACUCAAAUAAGGAUAAUUUUAAUGUUGGUGCUGAAAUAAGACCAAGAAAAUGCAUGCUCAACCCACGAGAAGAUAUACAUGUGGAUGACAUAUGGCAGCCCGAACUCUUAAAUCAUUUCCUUGAUGACAAAGAAGGUCCUGCGGCAUCAAAGGGAGAUAAUUGCUGGAUGUCCAGAGAGACUGAAAUAUCACAUGAAUUGCAGUGGUCAGGGGAAUCCUUUAAAGAUAUGUUUAGUCAAAAACAGGGAUCUGGUAUUGCUCAGAUGGUGGACUCCCCCCCUGUGCGAUAUGAUUGUCAAAGCUCCAGAGGUCCUCUGGUAUUAGAUGAAAUUAAAAUGUCUAGGUCUUAUUUGCAUCAUAACUUGUUGGAUCAAAACGACGGAUCGGAAAUGACAAUUGAGAAUGUGGACUGGAAUAAUACAAGGAACUCUUACAAUCUGCAUGAAGACGUAUUAGGUGAAGUCAUUGACCUCAGUGAUAGCUUGGGUAAGGAUGUUCCUCCGACUGGUAACUCCACUUUUUUCUCGACUUGGCUGCCAGAAACGGAAGAUUCCACAAGAAAGUCUAAGGCCGCAAGAAAAUUGUCAUUUGGCAGAAAUCGUCACCCUACGUUUCCUACUGCUGCUGCGAUCAACUCCAAUUCAGAAUUGCGGUCCUCUGAAAACGAUCACGGACAUAGUCUGCAACAGAAUAACGAUUAUUCUGAUUGUGAUAUGCCUUUAAAACGCCCAAAAGAGAUAGUAAAGGAUGUUUUAAGGCAGGGAUCUACAAGAAAUGCCAAAGCAUUGCCGUUCAGAGAGGAGAUGUCACAUUUUGGUGGAACGCCAUUAUCUAAGGCGAUUCAUUCUGCAAAUCCGGAACCAGGUUCCCCCUGGACUAUAGAGUUUCUUAAUAGAAUUCGGGAAAAGGGUAGAUUGCGGCAGCAGUCCCUUCCAUGUGAUACACGAACCCCCGAUUUUGGCUAUACAUGUUGCAUGCGAAAAGCUACGAAGAGAAGAAGUCCAUCUAUUCUCGAAUUUUUCAAAUACAAAGGGGGAAGUAAUCCUGGGAAAAUACACGAACAAAAGAAGCGGAAGCAGUCUAAGCAUUUGUCAAGCUCAUCAAAGAAUGAAAGAACUCCGGCCUCUCUUCUUCCAACAUGGACACCCAUUGAUAAGAGAUCAAGCCAGACUCUAUCAUUUGCAAUGAACGAUAGCGGGAGCCAGACUAGGCUUGUGUGGAGCGAUGGAAGUGGCCACCGACUAAACAAAAAGUCGCGUAAUCAACAAUUGAAGGACAACAUGUGACUCUGCAUAUAUAGCAGCUCAGAGAACCCUGAGGCUAGAGUAACCAUGCUGAAUUGAGAAUGGCUGUACAUUUGUUCAAAGUUUCCUGUUUUUGGCUGCCUGAUGAGUUUCACUGUUACAAAGAGAGGGUUCUCCCAUAAACAGGUUCCGUCCUGGACUGGAGCUUUCUCCAGUUUGAAUGUUGUCUUCCCUACAUCCUCUGGCACCAAGGAUAUGAGCAAUGCAGGUUUCUUUAACUGUGGCACCUGAAGCGGGGAUUAAAAACAAGAAAGGCACGAGGUGCGGACUCUAAAUGACUUAAAUGACCCCACAUUUCUCGGUGCUCUGUCUAUAUCAGUGAGAGACCUUUUUGGUUGAAGUUUCUUUACAGUCCAUUGGCAUUGGUCCUGAGCUAUAAUGCUUUUGACAGGAAUAUGAAAUUGUCGGGGCAAAGAAUUUUGGGAGUAAAAAGAUUGCCCAGUUGAGGGUCUGCACUGAUCAAUAAGACAGAGAAAGGAAAUUUCUGGCAACUACCCUAUUUAAUGGAUGCAACUAAGAUUUGGCCCAUGAUGUUACUACAACUUUGCAUUUUGUCACUAGUGAUAAUUUGAGCAGGACUAUCCUCUUAUGACUAUUAAAAUUUACAGCUAAUUUGGAAGUUUUUUCAUUUA